AUAAAUCAGGCCAAGGAGAAGGAGAGGAAGCUGUUAGAUCAGAUGGAAGACAUUUCAUAUAAACACAUCGGGCAACUGAAAGCAGACAUUAAGUCAGGUGAGAUGUCAGUACAGAUGUACCAACAACAGGCGGAGCUGAUAGACCAGGCUCUACAAUCUGAGUGCGACAUGGAUGUGUAUGAGAUGUAUCAGGGAUGUGAGGCAGGUGAUGUGGAGGCUGUCUGAGACGCAGAUGUGAAGGAGAGAGGAAGAAUAACUAAGGUCACAUUCAGACAGGGCACGGACAAGCUGAGUAAAUCUCUGGACGAUCUACAGCUGGGAGAGAUAGACGUCCUGUAUGAGGGUGUGAUGGACCUGAGGGCUACUCCUGUGUUACAGGACACCAUUGAUGUCAGAGUAGCAGGCGACAGUAACGUAUCGUACCCGACUGACGUGACAGUGAUGGUGGUGAAUGACACAGAUACAGUUGUAGUCACAGACUGGAACAACAACAGUGUGAAGUCCUUCUACACCAGGGAUAACCAGACACGUCACGGUAAACUCAGUCUGGGUUGUAAACCAUGGGGUCUGACAAAGUUGACACACAACCAGGUGGCCGUCACUGUCAGGAACAUCAAUCAGAUUGUAACAGUAGAAGUCAACCCUGACCUGGUGCUGCUGUCAACCAUCACAACCAGCAAAAAGUACUGGGGCAUAACGUCCCUGACACCAUCAACACUAGCAGCUAGUUCCCAGUCUCCUCCCUGUGUUGAUAUCCUGGAUAUGACUGGAAACGUUCUGAGGUUAAUCAGUCCACUCCACAAUGGUAACAACAUCUUACAAUAUCCCAGCUUCCUCUGUACCACGAGGACAGGAAACAUCCUGGUGUCUGACUUUGGAACCAAGCGUGUCAUGUGUCUGACCCCCGAGGGAGAUGUGGUGUUCAACUACAGCCCGACAGGAGACACAGCACUGGAGUUUCCCCAGGGUAUCACAAGUACCAGCACAGGUGACAUCCUGGUGACAGACUACUCUCUACACAGCGUCAUCCAUCUGACGGAAUCAGGACAGUUUGUCAGAAACAUACUGACACAACAGGACGGUAUCAACUAUCCCCGGGGUGUGUGUGUAGACGGACGUGGCCACAUGUAUGUUUGUCUUAUUAGCGGAGUUAUUAAGGUGUUCACAUGUAAACACUGA